AUGAAGCUCUUGAAAAAUUUAUUGCAAUACGAGACGUUCAAAAUGGUGAAAGUCAAAGACAAAAGACUUGGUCUCCUAUAUCGUGUAUUUCAAAUGACAAUCUUUGCAUACAUUUUAUAUACAAUAAUUGCUAAUCAGGGUUAUUUGCGAAAGGAAGCACCAGUCGAGGGAGCAGUUAGAAUAUCACUUCAAGCUCCAUCAACGCUAACGGCUCCAGCAUAUUGCAAUAAACUUCUUCCGUGUGUCUAUUGGGGGGCGAACGAGAUCCAAUAUCCACCAGAUGGUGCAGGAGUGGCCUUUGUAACAACCCGCGCAAUAGUUCGGCGUUAUGUGCCUCCGACAGGGUGCAACUUCCUAACACCAUCCACACCGACCGAUCCUUGUAUCUUCAAUGAGAAUAUGUCACCAACUCAAACGAUUACCAAUGAAUCAUACAUAGGUGAUAUCGAAGACUACACUCUAAUGAUCGAGCAUUCCAUCCGUGGUCGAGCAACAUCCAUUGCACUUCGUAACGGUAUAAUGGACGGGAAACUCAUGUUUUCCGAUGGGAAGACAGUAUUCAAGGAAUGGACUAGUGCAACAAGAAUGAAAGAUAAUCCCAAUGCAGAUGGAGAUAUCAUAAAAGUAAGCGAACUCUUACAGGCUGCUGGAGCUGAUUUGGAGGCGCCGUCGACUGCUCCCGGCGCCAAAAGUGGGGAACAGUAUAGAUCAUCGGGAAUCGUUAUUGUCAUUGUGAUUGAAUACCGAAACGUCAAACUCAAGAAGGACAAGUUUUCAUACAAAUAUCUUCCUCGGGUGAUAGACGGAAACGAGUAUAAGGCUGUUGAGAGUUUGUAUCAAGCAGAUGGAUCGUACAUACUAAAAGAAAGACACGGUAUUCGGUUCGUAUUCGAACAGCACGGGGAGAUCGGAGAAUUCAGUUUGAUUUCGUUGCUUGAGAAUCUUGUUGCAGCGCUUGCUUUGUUUAAGGUGGCUACUGUCCUAGUGGAGAUUCUCAUGCUGGAAUUUUUACCCGAGAAAGACAUAUACGAAGAGGCUAAGUUUGAAGUAACAAAUGAUCUUGACGAAUUGAGAAAAAGGAGUAGUAAUCAUUAA